AUGGCACUCUCAAUUCCCAAAGUCGUCCACCAGUGGACUGUAGGCGACGGAGAAGGAUUUGAUGCUUUGCAGUAUUCUGAACAGCCGCUCCCUGAAUUGGGAGACAGUCAGGUAUUGGUGAAAUGUGAUUUGCUUCUCAAGUACCGUGACCUUAUGAUAGCACAAGGGAAAUCAAUUCACCCUGUAGCUCCAAACGUUAUACCAGGGUCGGAUGGAGCUGGCACUGUUGUCGCAGUUGGCAAACACGUUCGUCGCUUCACUCCGGGCGACAGAGUUGUCACGGCGUUUUUCCAGGACUAUGUCGGUGGGCCGUUCCAACUCUCCGCGGCCAUCUCAGCGCUCGGAGGAGCGCUGGAUGGUACGCUUCGUACUUACGGAGCCUUUAAUGAACAGGGAUUGGUUCGAAUUCCAUCAAUCUUAAGCUCUCUGGAAGCUUCAACACUGACUUGUGCUGGAGUCACCGCGUGGAGCGCUCUUUUUGGGCUGUCCGACUAUAGGGUGAGUGCUGGAAAAUGGGUUCUGACGCAGGGAACGGGAGGCGUCAGCGUGUUUGCGCUACAGUUCGCAAAGGCAGUUGGUGCUAGAGUCGUCGCAACUACGAGUUCUAGUGACAAAAUCGAUUUUCUGAAAGGUCUUGGUGCUGAUCAUGUUAUCAACUACAAAGAAGACGCCGAAUGGGGCACCACUGCCAAAGCGCUGACCGGUGGAAGCGGCUUUGAUCAUAUUGUCGAGGUUUCUGGACCAGUGUCUAUGAGACAGAGUCUGAAGGCCGUCGCAAUUGGUGGCGUCAUCAAUAUUGUUGGGUAUUUGGGAGGUUCCAGUGGUGAUCAGCCGAGCUUCUCGGACUGCUUCCAGCACAGAUGCAUCGUGCGGCCGAUUGCGGUGGAAUCUAGAAUCGUGCUGGAAGAGCUGUGUCGUGCGAUUGAGGCAAACCCAGAGAAGCUUCGGCCCGUCGUUGACUCUAAAGUUUUCCGGCUGGAUCAGCUCAAAGAAGCUUGUGAAUACCAGUGGUUGGGCAAGCACAAGGGAAAGGUGUGUGUUGAGAUUUCUUAG